AUGUCCAAUAGCAGCUCCCUCACCAACUUCCUUCUCCUGAGGUUUUCGGACACGCGGGAGCUUCAGCUCUUUCACUUCUCAUUCUUCCUGAGCAUCUACCUGGCUGCCCUGCUGGGCAAUGGCCUCAUCAUUACAGCCAUAGCCUGCGACCACCACCUCCAUGCCCCCAUGUAUUUCUUCCUCCUCAAUCUCUCCAUCCUUGACCUUUGCACCAUCUCCACCACUGUCCCCAAAUCCAUGGCCAAUUCCCUGUGGGAUACCAGGGCCAUUUCCUACUCAGGAUGUGUUGCCCAGGUAUUUUUGUUUUUCUUCUUGAUUUCAGCUGAGUUUUCUCUCCUUACAGUCAUGGCAUAUGAUCGCUUUGUUGCCAUCUGUCAACCCCUGCACUAUGGGACCCUAAUGGACAGCAGAGCUUGUGGCAAAAUGGCAACAGCUGCCUGGGCCAGUGGUUUUCUCAAUGCUGCCCUACACACUGGAAACACAUUUUCAAUACCCCUAUGCCAAGGUAAUGCUGUGGAGCAGUUUUUCUGUGAGGUUCCCAAGCUCCUCAAGCUUUCCUGCUCAGAUGCCUACCUAAGGGAAGUCUGGGUUCUUAUAUUUAGUAUCUGUUUAUUCUUUGGGUGUUUCAUUUUCAUUGUGCUGUCCUAUGUGCAGAUCUUUGCGUCUGUGUUGAGAAUCCCUUCUGAGCAGGGACGGCAAAAAGCCUUUUCCAUGUGCCUCCCUCACCUGGCUGUGGUCUCCCUUUUUGUCACCACUGCCACAUUUGCCUACCUCAAGCCCCCCUCCAUUUCCUCCACAGUUGUGGAUCUGGUGAUGGCUGUUCUGUAUGCAGUGCUGCCUCCAACAGUGAACCCCCUCAUCUACAGUAUGAGGAACAAGGAGCUCAAGAAGGCACUGAAGAAAUUGAUUCAAGUGGCACUACUUCAGCAGCAAUAA